UAUAACUCUUGUUUGCGCCUUUACGUCCCCGUCCAAACAUCAUGUUCUAUCAUGGCUUCGUGUGGAAAACAGAAACGCGGUCAUAGCAAAGGAUAAAGGUGACGGGACAGAACCUACAUACGAGAAAGACAUUUCAGAUGCUUCGAAGUACAGUUUGAUGUCUGAUUCUUCCAGCGGAAACCUGACAAUAAGUUAUCUAGGGGUAGAUGACAGCGGCAGUUAUCGCUGCUUGGUUGCCACCAGGGCUGAUGCAUUUCAUAGUUCAUUUGAACUAAAGGUACUGUCACAAGUCACACCUAGUUCGGUGGUGAUUACAGACAACCGCUUUGACUACACUGAUGGAGAAUCAGUAACCCUUACACUUGGCCAAACCCACAACCUAACAUGUACAGUCCAAGGUACUAGACCACCUCCAGAACUCAAAUGGAAAAAUCCUGAAGGAGUAGCGAUUGGAAUAGAAGAUCAGAUCAACACCGUUGAGGGUGAUUCUUACACUUCUUGUAAAGGUGUUUUUAUGAGACCAUCUAGACAUGAUGAUGGGAAGGUUUUAACUUGUGCUGCUUUACAUCGGGGGCUAGAUCGGAGUCUCAAUACAACCGUACGUUUAGAAGUUCAGGUUUCGCCUAGUUAUCUGUUGCUUACAACGUCUAAUAAAGUUACGAUCUCAAAGGCUGGAAUAAGAAGCGUGACUGUUUUUGAAGAUACAGUGACAUCAUUCAACUGCACAAGUGUAGGAUCUCGGCCGACAGCAGUUAUAUCAUGGUCUGUUGGGUUGGAUGAAGAUCCCGGUAGGACGACCUCUACGUCGAAAACAAAUCUGGGUGACCAAAGUUUACGCGACACAGAGUCUUUUCUUCUGCUGAAUCCAAUGAGGAGUCACCACUAUCAAUAUCUUCGGUGUGUGACUACUGUUGGUAUAAACCAACGUCAUACAGAGUUAAUGGUCAUGGUCAACGGGCCAUCUGAUCCUCCUAUUCUCGAUGGAACACAAAGCUUACAGGAUGGUGUAUCAUCUAAAGUCACUUGUACAGCAAACAAUGGUUACCCAGAACCAACCUUCCAGUGGUAUCUUGAAGCAAAUAAUGUCACCGGCAAAUCUAAAUUACAAUCCUCCUUGAAUAAAUAUCAUCGGUUUGACGCCAAAAGUAUCCUCAAACUCACCCCGACGAAAGAUGAUCAUGGAAGAUCUAUAGUCUGUCAGGUUUUUCAACCAAACGAUGCAUAUAUGAAGCCUCAAAGGGUUAAUGAUGUUCUUCAUGUUCUUUACCCUCCAGUCAUUGUGGACUAUUCUGUUCGUCGUGUACCCGGUAUUCAAGGCAUCGUUAUUGCCAUUCUCACAUGUAGAUCGGAUAGUAGACCAAAAGCCUCAAUAACCUGGUUCUUCAAUGGUACUGAACUCAUCAACAGCACCUGUCAUCAGAUUUAGUACAGGAAUCUGUUCUUUACUUUCUUUUUAUAAUUGCUGUUUCGUCCCUUUCGAGCCGUUAUAGAGAUUAAUUCAUCUUGCUCUACUUUUUAUGGCGUUUGUCUACAAACAAACGCAUUAGUUUCAUGUGUAAAUAGUUUUAUGUAAAAACUUGUAAAAU